AUGAGACCUUCUACUCUCCUUCUAGCUGCCUCCGGCUCUGCAGUCCUGGCUGCCCCUACUCCCAGUCUGAUUGGAGACCUCCUCAGCCUGACUAACAACGUUAUCACCACCGUUUCCUCCUCUAUCACCAACAACUUGGCUCAGCAGGUUGCUGCUCUCGGCUGUACUCUGCAGACCAACGCCAACCAGCACGGUCAGAUCGUCAGCUCGGUCGCUCUGGCUGUUCAGAAGCUCGAGGUCGCCGCUAAGAGAUUUUCCCAAACCUGCAACUGGUCCAAACCUGGAAAGCAGUAUAUUGACUGGAAAACCUAUAAGGCCAACGGAGUUAACCUCGGAGCUUGGCUCGAAAUCGAGCAGAACUACGACACUCAAUGGUGGGCCGACAAUGUUGGGUCUUUCCCUGAUGAGUGGACAUGGUGUUCGACCGUGGGCUUCUCGGUCUGCGGACCCAUCCUCGAGAAGCGCUACGCUUCCUUCUUCACCAUUGCCGAUAUCGACAAGAUGGGCGCCAAGGGCAUCAACACCCUUCGUAUUCCCACCACCUACGCAGCAUGGACCAAGGUCCCCGGCAGCCAGCUCUACUCUGGAAACCAGCAGGCUUACCUCAGAGUCCUUACCAACUACGCCAUCGACAAGUACAACAUGCACGUUAUUGUGGGACUCCACUCUCUGCCUGGUGGUGUCAACACACUUUCCAUUGGUGAAGCCUUUGGCCACAAUGCCUGGUUCCAGAACAGCACCAACCUCGACUACAGCUUCAAGGCCAUUGACGGUAUCUUGAACUUCAUCAAGACCUCUGGCCGCCAAAACGCUUUCACCAUCGCCCCUAUCAACGAGGCCAGUGACAACUUUGCUGGUUUUGCUACACCCGCUGGUCUCACUGAUGCUGGUGUAAAUUGGAUAAACACCUAUAUCAAGGGUGUUUUCGCCAGAAUUGCAAAAGUGGACCAGAGAAUUCCCCUUAUGCUCCAAGAUUCGUUCUUUUCCGAGAUGUUCUGGUCCCCCUUUUACGCAGCUAGUUCGAACUUGGUGAUCGAUUCGCACAUCUACUUCUUCGCCGCCGCCGGAGCAUACUCUCAAUACGUCCCCGCCGCCGUCUGCGGUCAAGCAAAGUACAUCGGCCAAGGCGACGGCAAAUUCCCCGUCUUCAUCGGCGAGUGGUCGCUCCAAACUCUCUACAACAACACACUCAGCAACAGAAAGACACUCUAUGAUACCCAGGUCUACGCUUACCAGAAGUAUGCUUCGGGAGGUGCGUUCUGGAAUGGAAAGAUGUUGAAUACUGUUGACGGUGUGGAUGGUGAGGGUAAGCUUCAGGAUUAUUGGUCUUGGGAGGGGUUGUCUGAUGCUGGUGUUGUUUCUAAUACUGUUGAUCAGUCUUACUGCUAA